UUUAUCUUUGCUCCCUGACCCCGGCAAGAAUUAAGGAAAGUCUGAGUAUCUGAACCCAAGAAGUCAGUCUGGUAACUGCUCUAGGGCUAGAGGGGUCUCUCCCUGGGAACCUGUAUGAAAGUAGUGGUUUCUACUAAUUCUUCACAGGUAGGAAAACAGGAAAGUAAUCUUCUUCCUGUAUAGGAAACUACCCAAAUUCUGUAUUAGCUGUCUUUCUGCAUCCACUUCCAUCUCCAGGGAAGACCUGCAGAUAACUGGAAGGAAUAGAAGGGCCCUAAUGUCUAAUCUCACUAGGACUUUUCAGACACUUAACCCAGCUUGGCAAAAAUUAAACCAACUGAAUACUGCUGAACAAAGCCACGUCCUUUCUUCCCGUUUUGACUGGAACAUCCUUGACCUUCAAACAAUCCCUAGGAAAGUCUGAGUGGUCAGACGGCUCAGCUUCUCACCACCUGAGGUAAUGAAAGAAGCCACAGCAUGGAGCUCUGGAACUCCACCUUGGGAAGUGCCUUCAUCUUGGUGGGAAUUUUGAAUGACAGUGGAUCUCCUGAAGUGGUCUGUGCUACAGUUACUGUCCUGUACAUGUUGGCCUUGACCAGCAAUGGCCUGCUGCUCCUGGUCAUCACCGUAGAAGUGCAGCUCCACGUGCCCAUGUACCUACUGCUUGGGCAGCUCUCUCUCAUGGACCUCCUGUUCACAUCUGUUGUCACUCCCAAGGCCCUUGCAGACUUUCUGCGCAGAGAAAACACCAUCUCCUUUGAAGGCUGUGCCCUUCAGAUGUUCCUGGCACUGACAAUGGGUGGUGCUGAAGACCUCCUACUGGCCUUUAUGGCCUAUGACAGGUAUGUGGCCAUUUGUCAUCCUCUGAAAUACAUGACCCUCAUGAGCCCAAGAGUCUGCUGGCUCAUGGUGGCCACAUCCUGGAUCCUGGCAUCCCUAAGUGCCCUAGUAUAUACCGUGUAUACCAUGCACUAUCCCUUCUGCAGGGCCCAGAAGAUCAGGCAUCUGCUCUGUGAGAUCCCACCCUUGCUGAAGUUGGCCUGUGCUGAUACCUCCAGAUAUGAGCUCAUGGUAUAUGUGAUGGGUAUGACUUUCCUGAUUCCCUCUCUUGCUGCUAUACUGGCCUCCUACACACUAAUCUUAUUCACUGCGCUCCGUAUGCCAUCAAAUGAGGGGAGGAAGAAAGCCCUUGUCACCUGCUCUUCCCACCUGACUGUGGUUGGAAUGUUCUAUGGAGCUGCCACAUUCAUGUAUGUCUUGCCCAGUUCCUUCCACAGUCCCAAGCAAGACAACAUCAUAUCUGUUUUCUACACAAUUGUCACUCCAGCCUUGAAUCCCCUCAUCUACAGCCUGAGAAAUAAGGAAGUCAUGGGGGCCUUGAGGAGGGUCCUGGGAAAAUACGUGCUGCUGGCACAAUCCACGCUCUAGGGAGAUCUCCUGGCUACCUCCCAAAAUUCUUUCUCCUCAAAGUCAGAAAAUUCAUGUUAUGAAUCAAAUACUAAUGGUAAAUUAAUACAGUUCAGAGUGUAGCAUUUAAUAGAAAAGUGAAGGAAUGUAACUGGAUUUGUCAAAUGCUCUUUCAAUCUUCUCUCCAUGAAGUAAUUUAUAGGGCAUGAUUUAUAUUAUCUAAAAUUACUCUUCACUCGAUAUAAAAUUACUCUUUAUUUUUCCAGGAAGGUACUUAGUUAAAUGGGUCCCACCUUGGGACAUGACCUCUAACCUUGGAAGUUUAUAUUGGAUCAGAGAAAGGAAAAGAACCAGAGAAAGGAAAGUUUCAAGUGGGUGGCCUAAGCAAAACCCAAACAUCAAAGGGGGAGAUGUCUUGAGAUUUGCACAAAUUUAGACCAACUGAUCUUAUUAAAAGAUUAUAUAGACUUCUUGUCAAAUGUCCCAACUGGUAAUAGUUUGCUUGUAUUUGCAUUGUACUAACUCUUUUUUUCUUUUUCUAAACAUCAGCCACAUGAAA